UAUCACAUUCUGUCUGCCUCCCAUCCCUUGUUUCAAUUCGCACGUAUGGUUUGACUGUGUGUGAAAGAAUUUGUGUGGUGUGUUCUGGAGUUUGGGAAUGUGUUUUGUGUUAUUCUGUCUGAGCAGGUAUUUGUGAUAAUAGAUCUUGAGAAGAUCUUUCCGACGCAACAAGAAUCGCUUCAAUCGGAGCAAGAACGCGAAAGCUAUGAAGAUUCAAAGUUCAUGAGCUUGCGUUACAAUUGCGGCGGUUACUAAGUGAAGUUGUGGGGUGACUUUAUAUGGAGUUGGGACCUUUGGGGUUGGGGAAAUUCGUCACUCUACUGUAACAGCUGCAAAUUGGGAGGGAAUCUUUGUGCUUAUGGGGUUUCCUUGGUUGGGGACUCUCUUGGGACCUUCCCUCUCAUCCCUCUCUUCUAUCCCAACCUUUCUCUUGCUCCUUCUAAUUCCUUGUGAGAUUCUUGAACUUUGAUUGAACUCUUGAGAUUGAGUUAAGUUCUCCUCCUACAGCUUACCCCCUAGUGCGUCGAAAGCCAUAGCGUCGCGAAUACUUCAUCAAUCAACGUGAUUCAAAUUGGGAACGGUAGCUGAGAUCAAGAGCUACAACAUAUCCAAGUUUCGCGACAUUCCAACGGCUAGUGUUUUGUCGACGUCGUUUCUUGUGAAGACGACUUUUCUGUCCAGAAUUUCGGAUUUAUAUUUUGAGUAAUUCUAGCUCCUAAGUUCACCUAGACUCUGUCCUUAAUCCUAACAAGUGGUAUCAGAGCAAUAUUAAGGACAUUGAGAGGAGUCUACAGAAGUUUGAAGACCCUUCUAGACCCACCAUGGCCUGUGGGUGUGCCUAAGUGGUGUUCUAAAGGUUGGAUGUGUCUUCCGCUAAGGGGAAACUCUGCCGAAAUUUCGUGGACGCCGACACUUGUUGCACCAGUCACAUGACCCCACGGGCAGAUUUGCUUGAUGAGGUAAAACCCCCUGGGAAGAUCAAGUAUGUGGCAGCAGCGUCAGGUGCUUUGCUCCCUGUCAUUGGUGUUGGGAAUGCCAAGGUUAAGGGAGCUAAUGGGGAGCUUGUGGGGCUUGGGAAUGUUCUGCUGGUUAAAGGCUUCCGCUAUUUCUUGACAAUUGUGGAUGACCACACUUGGGCAGUGUGGGUUUACCCUUUGAACAGCAAGGGGGAGGUGGCAGCGGCUGUCCUUAAGGAGUGGAUGCCUAGAGCUCAGAGGGAAUGCGGACACAAGCAGAAUGGCGUGGCUGAGAGGUUCAACAGGACCCUGCAGGAGGGGGCACGCACUCUCCUUGGGCGUGCAGGGCUACCUGAUCCGUUUUGGGUGUCUGCACUGAGGCAGGUCGCCCUUGUGAAGAACAGGGUGCUGGCUACAGUUGGAGAUAAGGAGUGGAUCCCAUAUAUCAAGUGGUAUGGGAGUGCUCCAGCUGUGAACAUGCUGAGGGCAUUUGGGUGCAUGGUAGUGUUUCAUGUGCCUAAGGAGAAAAGAGGGAAGCACAAGUAUGGACCUGAAGGGGAGCUGACCCGCUACAAGUCUAGGCUUGUGGCACGGGGGUUUCAGCAGACAAAGGGGAAGGACUAUGAUGAGGUGUUUGCUCCUGUGGGGAAAGGAACAACACUGAGGGUGCUGUUGGCGAUAGCUGCACUCCUGGGAUGGAAGAUACGGCAGAUGGACAUUGUGACUGCUUUUCUGAAUGGGAUCAUUAUGGAGGAGGUGUACAUGAAGCAGCCAGAGGGGCUGGAUGACGGGAGCGGCAGGGAAGUAGUGUGGCUAAGGCGUUUGUUGGAGGAGUUGGGAGUUGGUCAGGAGGAGCCGACAGUUGUGUUCUGUGACAAUGAGUCUGCUGUGAAGCUCGCCAAGAAUGCUUGUCUGCAUGGGCUGACAAAACACAUAAGGCCUAAGUGGCACUGGGUGAGGAGACUCCUUGAUAAGGAGGUGCGGCUGGAGAUAGUGAAGACCCAUCAGCAGGCAGCAGAUAUUUUCACUAAGCGUCUGGCGGAGGCGGAUCAUUGGAAGGGCAUGAAGCUUGCUGGGAUGAGUGUGCAUUGAGUAUGCAUGCUUGAGAUGUGGUAUGGUCGAUGAUGGUUGGCAGCCAGAGGGGGAGAUUGUUGUGUGAUGUCAUCAUAUGUUAUCACAUUCUGUCUGCCUCCCAUCCCUUGUUUCAAUUCGCACGUAUGGUUUGACUGUGUGUGAAAGAAUUUGUGUGGUGUGUUCUGGAGUUUGGGAAUGUGUUUUGUGUUAUUCUGUCUGAGCAGGUAUUUGUGAUAAUAGAUCUUGAGAAGAUCUUUCCGACGCAACAAGAAUCGCUUCAAUCGGAGCAAGAACGCGAAAGCUAUGAAGAUUCAAAGUUCAUGAGCUUGCGUUACAAUUGCGGCGGUUACUAAGUGAAGUUGUGGGGUGACUUUAUAUGGAGUUGGGACCUUUGGGGUUGGGGAAAUUCGUCACUCUACUGUAACAGCUGCAAAUUGGUUGGGAACAACCAAGCUAGGUUGGCAAGGGUGGCCAACUUGGAUGGAUUGGUUGGGAAGGGACAAAUGUCAAAGUUGGGGUUCCUAUAGGGAGGGAAUCUUUGUGCUUAUGGGGUUUCCUUGGUUGGGGACUCUCUUGGGACCUUCCCUCUCAUCCCUCUCUUCUAUCCCAACCUUUCUCUUGCUCCUUCUAAUUCCUUGUGAGAUUCUUGAACUUUGAUUGAACUCUUGAGAUUGAGUUAAGUUCU